CUGCUAUGAUAGGCGCAGCUGUAACAUCCAGAGUGGCUAUGGCAGGCACAUCGUGGCUAUGCUGCAGAAUAUAUAAUCCACAGCUCCCAGUUACACCUCACAUCGAAGUAUCUAAUCCGUACCAUCACCAUGGACAACAAUAAACACAAACACACCUCUCUAAUAAUCAUAGGAAUCGACUUCGGCAGCACCUCCUCCUCAGCAGCAUUCAACCGCCCUAACUCCAGCACCGAAAUCCACAUUUUACACCACUGGCCCGACGCCGUGAAAUGGUCCUUCGAUCAAGUUCCCAGAGGGGCAGAAAUCCAGUCCAUCGUGUACUACAGCCCGGACAUCGAAGUAGUCGGGUGGUCUGGGUUGGCAAAUCGAGACGAGGUUGUAACCGCACAGGGAAAUCUCAAACCAGGUAUACAUCCUGCACCGGACUUCAAGGCGCAAUUGUUUCCGCCAACUGAGGCUCAACCUGGGCUGCUCCCCCGCGGGAAGACGAUUGAGGAUAUCACGGUUGACUUCCUGUGUCAUUUGCGGCGAAGUAUCCAGGAGCAGCUCGCAUGGCGGGACUGCAGGGGGACGCUUCAAUUUAUGAUGACCGUUCCGGCGUUCUGGGAUGAUGAGACCAGGGAGAAAUUCCGGGGAAUAACCAAGACGGCAGGUUUUGGCCAGGGCGAGAAGUUGGAGCUCAUAUCUAGCCUUGAGGCGGCCUUGUUCAACGCGCACUACGCAAUGCCCACUUUUAACGCUGGUGAUAAUAUACUCGUCCUUGACUGCGGCGGGCAUCUUGUUGAAGCGGCUGUCUAUCAAGUUAAAUCAACCUCUCCUCUGAAGAUAGACCGCCGAACCUCCGUCUCCGUGGCGUCUUGUGGCUCUGCCGAAGUAACUCGACAAUUCAUGACCAUCGCAGGAAAUAAGAUAAAUAAAGCGGGAUUUCCGGAUCACGGCCGUACAAAGCCUCGGAUGCGCCUUCGGGCGAAAAGGGCAUUUGAGAAGGAUCUGCUAUUUGGGGAUGUCCUGGGAAGGCCGGAGUUCAAGUUUGAUCUCCCCCCAGAGGUCUUGGAUGGAUUUUGGGUGGCGGAUUUGGGUGUUGAGAUGGAUUGUCCUGAGGCGAAUAUCUUGGAGGGAUAUAUGGUGUUUUCUGAGGAUGAGAUAUAUCCUUGUUUUGAUGCAGCUGUGGAGAGGACGUUGGGACUUGUACGGGAGCAGGUUGAUGCUAUGCAUGAACAAAAUGAACAGAUACAGGGCUGUCUGCUUGUUGGCGGGUUCAAUAGAUGCCAUUACUACAACCGCAACGUCAAAUCUGGUAUAUCGGAGUCUGGAGGAACGAUUGAAGUGAACAACAGAACUAUCCCUUUCGCAAAGGGGGCUAUUCUGGCUGGGCUCGACAGGUUGAAUAUACCGUGACAGUGUAUAGAAUUACUCCAGAUCCACGUCUGAAUCAUCACUGCAAUUAUCGCCCAUCUCAACGCUGGAAUCAUCGG